UUCUUAAAGCAUCAGUCGGCAUCAUGACGCAAAUUUUGUACUAUCGUGUUGUGCGAUUGUGUGACGCGCACGCGCACGCGCACGCACGCAAUUGAUGCAGGCAUCCAAGUAAACACACCGCAUGACACACCGUGUUUCGUGCGGGAUUUAAAGUGCAGGCUUGCAUUUGGCUGCGGAUUAUGAGGAGGGAAAGGGAUGUUUUCAUUCUCUCCACAACCGGAUGUGGUGCGUUUGAGGCCUGCGAGAUGGACCGAAGGAGGUUUGCUGUGCUACGUUUAAGGGUGCCGCCCCGUUGCCGAGUCAUCGGAUCGCUCGUGCGGGCGCGGGCCACCUGCAAGGACCGCCAUAAGACGUCAAGCUCAAAUGCUGGCGAAUGAAUCUGAAAAAGAGGCGAUGGAUAAAGUGAAAAACCAAACCAAAAAUAUGGAGGGUACAGGUGAAACAAAGGGAUUUGUCUGGGAAUUACACUUUCUGUUGGGGAAUUGGGGCUCUUUUUGGAAUGUUGAACAUUUUGAAGUUGCUGCGUUAAUGUUUUGAGUCGGUUGAGAAAUAUUGAACUUGAGGUGCAACGGUCAAAUGUUUCCAGCAUUCCGAAUGGAAAUGCUGAUUUUGUGCCCCCGAGCGGCCCUAAGUCUCCUCGUGGAAAACACUUGUCCUCCGUUGUUGUUGUUUGUUAACAGGUCAACCCCUUAUUCUUAUUGACAGUGACAAAUGAUAUAUAUUGCAUAUUAUAUUGAAUUUUUGAUUAGGAAUUCUUGAGAUUUGUUUUUGUUUAUAUUUUCCCCCAAUUUAUUCGAAUUAUUUUUGUAUUCAUAUUAAUCGUUUUAUUUUAUUUCACCCAAUGCCGUUGCAUUUGAAUUUUACAUUGAAAUUGUUUAUGAUGACGAUGGUGAUCAUGAUAAUAAUAACUAUUAUUGUUAUUAUUAGGAUUCAUAUUAUGUUUACUAUGCAAAAUGCAUUUGAAUGGAUUUGUGAUUAUAUUUUGUACUCUUCCCAAUAAUGCAAGAGGUACUUUACUACCCGUGUUCGUUGAAUACAUCUAAAAAAAAAACAACAACUCCAUGGUUGGUUUCUGGCAAAAGUAUUGGGACACACCUCUCUUCCAUUUUGGACAAAUCUAAACUUCCUCCUCCCUCUAUUAUGAGCAGAUAGCGGAUGUAUUUUUAGCGGCGUGAAAAGUCACACUGGGAAAAGUUUGGUCGGUGCGUGUGAGCGCAUAAUUGCCUCGGCUGCGCGCGCGAGGCUGACGUCGGCAUCGUCGUCGGUUGUCUGUCUCAUCCGUUUCCAUGGCGACAACAGACUAACCCCCACUUCUCUUCCCGUUUGCCUCUCAUCAGUGACUCAUGCGUGAGCGCUGAGGUCAUCGCACGAGACGCACGCAUUACGGCGGAAGUUCAGGUCGUAGGUGGGUUUGAGAUUUCGUCAGGGUUCUUAAAACAGUCGAAAAGAAGCAAAAUGCAUCCUCAGCCGCGCCGCGACCCCUCCAUGUCCGGGAGAGAGCGCAGCCCCCGUCACCGGCCGUGGUCGGUCUGCCGGGCCAACACGUUCGAUCUUUCGUCGGAGAUGAUGGGGCUGGCGCUGUCAGGCGACUGUCAGGAUCCAGAUGAGCCGGCGUUAGAGUUCAGUUUGGUCUGCAGUGAACUGGUCACACCGACUGCGGACCGAAAGCCCAGCAGCUUUGUGGCGGUCAGCUGCACCACUCCCCCCCAGGCCUUCUGGACCAAACACUCGCAAACAGAAAUCAUUGAGGGAACAAGUAACCCCAUGUUCCUGAGCAGCGUGGCCUUCUUCCAGGACUCUCUGAUCACUCAGCAGACCCAGGUCAAGCUCUCGGUCUACGAUGUGAAGGAUCGCUCCCAGGGCACAAUGUACAUGCUGGGCUCAGCCAUGUUUUCCUUGACGGAGCUCCUGCGGGACAAACACCACCGCCUGCACCUGACUCUCAGGUCGGCCGAGAAUGAGCGAGUGGGCAACCUCACGGUCAUCGCCUGGCAGAUUGAGGAGAAACGCGAGCAGAGAGCUCCGGUUGCCAGACUACAGCGAGGAGACACCGUUAACGGAAGAAUGGUUCUUCCGGUUGAUGAAAGCUUAACUGAAUCCAAAGGCAUCAAGUUCAAGUCUUCGUCCCUGUGUAAAGAUCCCCUGCUGAAGGCCGUGUUCGGAGGCGUCAUGUCGCAGAUGUACCGUUUCCCCACCACGGACGGCAAACAUCUCCGCGUCCUGGAGCAGAUGGCGGAGAGCGCGCUUUCCCUGCACAUCCCUCGACAGUUUGUGAAGCUGCUGUUGGAAGAAGACGCCGUCAGGGUGUGUGAACUGGAGGAGCUGGGCGAGCUGUCUCCGUGCUGGGAGAACCUCCGGAGGCAGAUCAUCACUCAGUACCAGACCAUCAUCCUCACAUAUCAGGAGACCAUCAGCGACCUGCACGAGUACAAAGGACCUUCUUUUAAAUCGAGCACACUGAAAGCCGAGCGGAAGUUAGAGUUUAUUCCGACAAAUUUGCACAUUCAGAGGAUGAGAGUGCGCGGAGAGUCCGGCUACGAUCACACAUACGAUGUGGUGACGAACGGCGCACCUGCUGCACACCAUCAAGGCUUUAAAGGCUGCGGCCUGAGGAAACUGCUGCACAGGCUUGAAGAGGCCAGAAAACACUCUUACGAGGAAGAGAGCGCCGCCGGGCCAAGAGGAAUGGCGUACCAGCCGCAGGAUGUCGUCAGAGCGAAGGAGCUGAUCGGCCAAAUGAACACGCUGAAGACCCAGGUGUGCUACUACAUCGAGCGUCUGACGAGAGCGGCCAAGGAGCGCUCGGCCAACGCGCUGGAGAGAACCUUGGCCAUCCUCAAAGAGAAGACUCGUCAGUUGGUGAGCGUGUGCGACUCCAAGCUCUUGUCCUCGGCCAUCAUCGCGCUGGCCGCCGCCCGCCCGGAGUCCGCCCCGCGAGGCACCCCGUCCCCUUCCUCAUCCUCCCUCUCGCCUUCCUCACGCUCGCCGUCGCGCUCACCAGCUCACCGCCCGCCGUCGCCGUCGCGGGCGGCUACCUCGCCCUCGCGCCUCGCCACGCCCCCGGAGAGCAUCGACGCGAGUAAAAACAAGCGCGCCUGCUUGCAGGCCGACUUGCACGGGGAAGAGUGGGAGAAGGUGUGGCUGAAUGUGGACAAGAGUCUGGAGUGUGUGAUCCUGAGGGUGGAGCUGUUGCUGCGGGGAGAUCAGCUCCAGAGCGACAGCGGCUCUGACGACGUGUUCGCGUUGGCCACUGAGGACCCCAGAAGCACCCAAAAAGGGAGCAGUCCUGAGCGGGGGAAAACAUCGCCAGGGGAGUGGACCGAGGCCCUGCACCCUCUGCUCUCCACGCUGAGCGACCGCGCCUCGCUGAUGAGCGACAAAGCCAAGAAGGCCUUGGUGUUCCUCCUCAUGCAGGACAGCGCCCCAACCAUCGCCAUGAGCCUCACACUGCAGUACCGCCGUGACGUCGUCUUCUGCCAGACCUUAACGGCUCUUGUCUGCGGCUUCGUCCUCAAGCUGAGGAACAGCCUCUGCGACUCAGGCUUCCUCAAGCAGCUCCACACCAUCGGCUUGCUGGUGCAGUACGAGAGCUUGCUCAGCACCUACGGUGAGGAGCUCGCCAUGUUGGAGGACAUGAGCGUCGGGGUGAACGACCUGAGGAACGUCACCUUUAAAAUCACACAAGCGAGUACGGCCUUCAGCCCGGACACGCUGCCCGUCAUCACCGGGAACAGGAACGGCUUUAACGUCAGGGUCCCCAUCCCCGCCGCCAUUUUCGACACGCUGCCGCGGGAGAUCCAGAACGGCAUGCUGCUGCGCGUGCAGCCCGUCCUCUUCAACGUUGGCAUCAAUGAGCAGCAAACGCUAGCUGAGAAGUUUGGAGACACCUCUCUGCAGGAGGUCAUCAACAUCGAGAGCAUCGGGCGCCUCAGUUUGUACUACGACCACGUUAAAGAGGUCCUGCCAGAGGACUGUCUUCCUCGCUCCCGUAGCACCACCAGUCUGCCCAAUCUGCUCAAACAGCUCAGCCACAACGUCAACGCCAAGAAGAGCAAGAACGUGGAGAUUUUGUGGCAGGCGGCAGAGGCGUGCCGGCGCCUGAACGGCGUGCGCUUCACAAGCUGCAAGAGUGCCAAGGACCGCACGGCCAUGUCGCUGACCCUGGAGCAGUGUCACAUCCUUCAGCAGGAGCACGCCCUGGCGCCGCAGGUCUUCUACCAGGCUCUGGACUGUAUGCGCAGCGAGGGCUGCAGACGGGAGAACACCAUGAAGAACGUGGGAUGUCGCAAAUACGCAUUUAACUCGCUCCAGCUCAAGGCCUUCCCCAAACAGUAUCGCCCCCCGGAAGGCACGUACGGCAAAGUCGAAUCUUAACUGGCGCACAGAGACUGAUGAGAACACAAACAGCUACACACACACAAACACACAGCAACAGUUGUCGUGCUUAGUCACCGAUGAUGAGAUUUGUUUAUGUCCAAGUGCGACUGUAGGUUGUUUUAUAGUGGUUUUGCUUCCUCUCAGUAUCAGCGCCACACUGAAAAGAAAAGAAAAUACACUUUGAAGUAGUCGUAAUCGUGCGAGUAUAAAGUCAUAUACUUUUGAGAAAAACAUCUUUUAGAUUAAAAGUAUUUUAAUUAAAUUUAAUUCAAAAUGAAAAUUUCCCUCCUCGUAAUUCACAUAUUACGACUUUAAAAUAAAUGACUUUGUCGUUUGACAACUUUAUUCUUGUAAACUACAACUUUAAUCUCGAAAGCAUAUUUCGAGUACAUAAACUUUAUUCUCGCAAGAGUACGACUUUGUUCUCGUUAUAGACAUCGUGUAACAUUGCAACUGGAAUUUUUUUUCUUACAAAGUAUACAACUUUAAUCUCCAAAAUAUAGCAUUUAAAUCUUUAAAAAAAUCUUAUAAUUUUAUCCUCGUAACAUUACUGUUUUAAAAUGUAAGAUUACGACUUUAAUCUCGCAGUGUAUUUUUUUUUCCUGUUCAGUGUGGCCCUAAUACUCCACCGUACAUGGCCAGUCUACUGAUAUUUAUUUCUUUUGAUCUAAAAUGCCACAAAUGAUUAAAUGAGUGAAUGGAGAGAAAAAAAGAGGAAAACGGAGAUUGUGAGUCAGCUCCACAAAAUGUUACAAGCGCACCAGCUCUGAAUUGAGUCUUAUUUGAUUGUCCAUUGGAAGCUCCUGUAGUGUGUCUCUUUUACUUGCAGCAUGUAUUCGUUCGAUUCGCCACGUUCACUUAAAUUAUGCACAAUGUUAAAGAAAAAAAAAAUAAUAAUCAUGCAUGGGACUUAAAAAAAAAACAAUUGUUGCAGAAAAGCAUAAACUGUCCUGAGCCUCCUCUGUUGCUGCCAUAGUCAGUCCCCUUGUAUCUAACUGUACUAUAAGGACAGACACUGCCUAUUUUAUUUUAGAAAUGAUAGUUAUUUUGCUUACAGCUACUUAUGUUCAUGUAUGUUAUUGCUAUUCAAAUUAUUGAGUAAGUUACAUGCACACAGGUGGAGAUGGUAAAAGUGGUUGAUGAAUUGUGUUGAAUUGUGUUGAGAACAAUGAAAAUUGGAUAUGUG